GAGGAGGAGGAGGAGAGGGAGAACGGAGAGGGAUGAACAGGUCAGGAUGAGAAUCGCGACGACGCACGGAUCCACACCGGCGUGGGAAACGGCACACGCGCGGGCAUCUGUGGGAGACACCGACGAGGCAUGAGGGAGAGGCCGAGGGAGGCGAGCCACAUCGCUCCAACAUGGAGGCGUAGCGGCAGCAGCGUGCGUUAGAGGAGACCCAUCCCAUUGUAGCCUAGCAGCAGCUUCAUCAUCACCAUCCGUCCGUCCAACCUGAGCGGGGAGGAGGAGGUGGAGGAGGAGGAGGAGAGUGGAGAAGAGAUGGGCUCCCAGGUCGUGCAGACCCUGCGUCAGGGGGUCUGGGCAUCCCUGACCGGGGGAUGGUUCCACGACCCGGAUCAGAACAAAUUCAACAACUCCUGCCACCUCUAUCUCUGGAUAUUUCUCCUGAUGCUGCCCCUGUCUCUCCAUCUGGCUCUUCCUCCCACCACCAUGGCUUUGAGCAUCUACUGCAGCUCCAUCACUGUCUUCUUCAUCAUCAUCAAGCUGGCCAACCACAGGCUGCAUGUGAUGUUCGAUGAGGGGGAAGCGGUGGUCCGGAGCAGCCUGUCUGAUGUCAGCAAGGCUCAGGAAAACAAAAGCAAUGCCUCAGACUCCUGUAUGCCGGCCAGUAUCAGAAAGAGCAGCACAGUCCCUGACAGCGUUGCCAUGACAACAUUGGCUCCAAAGGGUCCCAGUCCAGUGAUUCAGGUGACAGUGAAACAGACCGAAACAGACCCGGGGCUGAUUGGACUGGAUUGUUCAAAGUCGGAGGACGAAAAGGCUGUGGAAGGGGAAGCCAACCCAUCUUCAGGACACGUUGAGGCUGCUGCAGAGGAGAAGCCAGCUGACGAAGAGGUGGAUCAAAGCCCGGACGCCUCUCCGAAUGAUUUCUCCAGCCCUAAUCCAGACCAGGACGCCCCACUGCUGCAGGCUCAGCAGAGGCCCUCAUCCCGAGCUGAUACAGAGGAGAUGUGUCCUGGUUCUGCUGGGAAUAUUGAUGUGAAAAGACCUGAAACUGGAGACGGGAAAGAAAUGCUGGAUAACUUAAGCUUACUGACGGAGAAGGAGCAAUCAGAGCAGAACAGAACAGAGGGAAAAGACUUCGGGGACAAAGACACAGCGGAUGAAGGUCUUCCACCUUCCAAUGGAAGUGAGGAUGAGAGUGAGGAAGGCGGUGAGGAGCAAAAGGAACCAUCAGAUGCUAACAACAACUCCAUUGAGCUUAAAGAUUAUAGUCAGGAUGAGGCCAUUGACAUCCCAGAGGCUCCUGCACAGGCUGAGCUUGUGGAGGAAACAUACUGCUCAGAUGAGAUUGAGGUAGUUCUGGUGGAUACCUCCAGCCCCGGCCUGUCAACACACGUGGACAACAGCGACACAGUAAAGAUCAUCAUCACCAUGAGCUGUGAUCCUCAGACCGCCACUCAGUUGGAGGAGAGCGUUAAGCAGAGCCUUCUGGAGAACGCACAGGCUCAGAUGGAUGCAGGUGAAUGUCACAUCAAAAUUCCCAUCAUCACCUUUGACUCCCCCGAGGAGAAGCAGGGGCCGGAGGGGGGAGCUCAAGUGACUGGCUCUGAGGAUGAUGCCACGGCCAAACAGCAGCAGAUUCUCAGCCAAAGUGAAGUGUCCACAACCCUGGAGGGUCCAGAUCCACAGCAGGAGAAUCCCGUGACUGCUGACAGAACCGCAAGCUCUCUGCUGACCAAUGAGAACAGCUCAUCGGGAAUUGAUGUCCACUCCAACCCUGAUGAUACCGAACCUUUGGACGCUAAUGUGGACUCCCAAGGGCUCCUACGUCUGCCGAACACUGUGGGCCGCUGUGGCCCGGGGGGGCGGAUCCACGCCCGAGGACUGAGCAUGGACAGUGGGAAAGAUGCUGUUCUGCUGUCAGACCGCUCACACCACACAACAACCAUGACCAGCUCCAAAUCGGACCUGGAGGCAAAAGAGGGCCAGAUUCCCAACGAGUCCAACUUUUUGGAGUUUGUGUCGCUCCUGGGGUUCCUCAGUACGAGGGGGGGAAGAACUAGCACGCAGGAGGAGGAGGAGCCAAAGAGUAAAGAGAAAUUAGAUGGAGAAGAAGAAGAGAAUAAUCAGAGUGCAACCCCUGGAAGAGAUGAAACAAUAACAGAUACCAACUCUGACAGCAAAGCGGAGUGGCCCAAACCACCCACCAGUCUGCCAACCAACGCACUGCAGGCGAUGGCCCCCACACACAUCCCUAUAGUGUCUCCUGACAGUCCCCAGACCGACAGAGAAAAGGAUCCAGACUACGACUCCCUGCCUUCACAAACAUCUCAGUCUGAGAGCUCCAUGCUGCAGGUCAUCUGCAGACCUGAGGCCACCAACAAAGAAGAGGCGUACACCUUCCAUACGGUGCACAGAGACAGACCUCGAAAGCUGUAUGCAGAGAGAGCCCUCAACCUGCCCUUAGGAGCAGAGCUCAUUACGGGAAACAUGUGUGACCUGCUGUCAACUUCCUCCAACUCGGAGUGUCAGGACGGCGUGGCGGGGGGACACAAUGACUGCCCUUUCCAGCGACGCAUCAUCCCAGCGCACAGGCUCAGACCUCGGAGGACACAUCCUGAGAUUUUUCAGGAAGAGGACUCUCUGGACGAGUCAUCCGAGACUUCCACCCAGGAGAAGCCGAGUCGGAAGAUUUACUACAAACUUCGACUGUUUCCUGGAAAGUGGAUCAACAUUCUGUAUGACAGACUCACCCUGCUCGCACUUCUCGACAGGAACCAGGACUUUCUGGAGAACCUGGUUGCGAUCUUUAUGGCCUUCCUAGUGUCUUUUCUGGGGUUUGUGCUUCUCAAUCACGGCUGCUUCAAAGACUUCUGGGUCUUCCAGUUCUGCCUGGUUAUCGCCAGCUGUCAGUAUUCCUUACUGAAGAGUGUCCAACCAGAUGCAGCAUCACCGACUCACGGCCACAACCAGCUGGUCGCCUACAGCCGCGCAGCCUAUUUUUGUAUUAUCUGCACCCUGAUCUGGCUGCUGGAGCAGCUGCUGAGGAAGAAAGACCUGCCUGUCUCCAGCCUGUAUGGAGUUACUUUAGUCUGCUAUGACAUCCUGCACUUCCUGCGAGAUCUGCUUGUUGGAUUUACGUACUGCUUUCCACUGACUUUCCUGGUGGGCCUUUUCCCUCAGAUCAACACUUUCACCAUCUACAUGCUGGAGCAGAUUGACAUGCACUUUUUUGGAGGAACAGCUGCUACGAGUCUCAUCUCAGCCGUCUACAGCAUCCUCCGAAGUCUCAUUGCCUUGUCUCUGCUUUAUGGUUUUUGCUUCGGUGCUCUGAAGGAGCCCUGGGAUGAGCAGCACACCCCUGCCCUCUUCUCUGGCUUCUGUGGCCUUUUGGUCGUGCUCUCCUACCACCUCAGCCGGCAGAGCAGUGACCCCACCGUGCUGCUAUCUCUCAUCAAAUCAAAGAUGAUGCCUGCGCUUGUGGAGGGCGAGGAAGAGGAAGAGGACGACGCAGUAAUUAAAGACCCGCUGCCUGAGAAACUGCAGAACUCCAUGAAAGAGAUUCUGCUGUCAGAUGUGGUCAUGUGCUCCGUUGCCUACAUCUUAACCUUCGCCAUCACGGCAAGCACAGUCUUCCUGUCUCUCAAGCCUUUUGUGACCAUCGUGCUCUACGCUCUGGCGGGAACGGUCGGCUUUGUAACCCACUACCUGAUUCCGCAGCUGAGAAAGCACCAUCCCUGGCUGUGGAUCUCACAUCCAGUCCUUAAAACCAAGGAGUACGACCAGUUUGAGCCUCGAGAGGAUGCCGAGCUCAUGUGGUUUGAGCGUCUGUACGUGGGGCUCCUGUGCUUCGAGAAGUACCUGGUUUACCCCGCCAUUGUCCUCAGCGCCCUCACCAACGACAGCUUUGCACUCAGUCACCGCAAGAAACUGGGAAUCCACUGUGACGUUCUCCUGACAACGGUUGCCGGACUGAAGCUCCUGCGUUCAUCCUUCUGCGACCCCAGCUUCCAGUUUCUCACUCUUCUCUUUACACUCGUCUUUUUCCACUUUGACUGCCCGCGCUCCUCCGAGAGCUUUCUGCUGGACUUCUUCAUCAUGUCCAUAGUCUUCCACAAGAUGCGUGAGCUGCUGCUCAAACUCCAUUUCAUCCUGGUGUACAUCGCUCCCUGGCAGAUCGCUUGGGGCAGCGCUUUCCACGCCUUUGCUCAGCCCUUUGCCGUGCCUCACUCUGCCAUGCUGUUGCUCCAGACUCUGCUCACCACGGUCUUCUACACCCCUCUGGCCCCCUUCCUGGGCAGCGCCAUCUUUAUUUCCUCCUAUCCGCGGCCCAUUAAGUUCUGGGAGCGAAACUACAACACUAAGCGCAUUGACAACUCAAACAGUCGGCUGGUGUCCCAAGUUGACAAGGAGACUGGAUGCGAUGACAAUAACCUGAACUCCAUCUUUUACGAGUACCUGACGCGCUCGCUGCAGCACUCUCUGUGUGGAGACCUCAUGCUGGGCAGGUGGGGCAACUACAGCGCCGGGGACUGCUUCAUCCUGGCGUCUGACUACCUCAACGCGCUGGUUCACCUCAUCGAGAUCGGCAACGGCCUCGUCACUUUUCAGCUCAGGGGUCUGGAGUUCAGAGGCACCUACUGCCAGCAGAGAGAGGUGGAAGCCAUCACGGAAGGUGUGGAGGAGGACGACGGCUGCUGCUGCUGCGAGCCGGGCCAUCUGCCUCACAUGCUGUCAUGUAAUGCUGCUUUCAACCUGCGCUGGCUGGCCUGGGAGGUGAUGACCACCAAAUACCUGCUGGAGGGAUACAGCAUCAGCGAGAACAAUGCUGCCACCAUGCUGCAAGUGUACGACCUCCGGAAGCUGCUCAUCACCUACUACCUGAAGAGCAUCAUCUACUACCUGGUCCACUCCCCCAAGCUCACCACAUGGCUGCAGGACGCCAUCUUUCAGGAGGCGCUCCAGUCCUACACCAAGUGGCACCACAUUGAGCGCGACCCUCAGGUCUUCAGCGUGAAGAUCGAUGAAGACUACGUGCACUGCCUGCAGGGGGUGACGCGUGCCAGCUUCUGCAACGUCUACCUGGAGUGGAUCCAGUACUGUGCUGGGAAGAUGGAGACGCCUGUGGACAGUGAUGAAGACUCUCCUCUGGUCACACUGUCCUACGCGCUCUCCGUCCUCGGUCGGAGGUCCCUCGGCACGGCGUCACACAACAUGUCAAACAGCCUGGAAUCCUUCCUGUACGGCUUCAACACUCUGUUCAAAGGAGAUUUCCGCAUUGCCACCAAAGAUGAGUGGGUUUUUGCAGAUCUGGACCUCCUGCAGAAGGUGGUGGCUCCUGCUGUCAGGAUGAGCCUGAAGCUGCACCAGGAUCACUUCACCUGUCUGGAGGAGACGGAGGAAGCAUCCAUCUUGUACGAAGCCAUCACAAACUACCGCAGCAGCCUGGUGAUCUGCCACGAGAGCGACCCUGCCUGGCGUAAGGCGGUGCUGUCCAGCCGUGACACGCUGCUCACCCUGAGACACAUGAUCGACGACGGGACGGACGAGUACAAGAUCAUCAUGCUGUACAAACGCCACCUCAGCUUCAAGGUCAUCAAGAUUAAUAAAGAGUGCGUGCGGGGGCUGUGGGCGGGCCAACAGCAAGAACUGGUGUUUCUACGGAAUCGAAACCCGGAGCGCGGAAGCAUCCAGAACUCAAAGCAAGCUCUGAGAAACAUGGUCAACUCAUCCUGCGACCAGCCGCUGGGAUACCCCAUGUAUGUGUCACCGUUGACAACAUCAUACUCAGGAACCCAUCGGACCCUCCGCAGCAUCAGUGGAGGGGCGCUAAGCCUGGAUGCUAUUCGCUCCUGGCUCUGCUCUAAAUGGCUACGGGUGCGGAAGGACAACCUGACCAGCUGCAACAGCGGAGUGAACAUGGAGGAUGUGGACUGCGCCGCUGGAGGUUCAUCCUCUUUGAGCAACAACCGCCCAUCUUCUGUCACAUCCAACAGCCUGAGCAUGUACCAGCAGAGGGCCAGGACAUCGCACAGUCACAGACGCCACAAUGCAGGAAGAAGAGAGUACCGUAGCCGAUCGGUGCAGCCCCAGAGUCAACGCCCCCCUGUCACCAGCCAGUCGGGUCCUAUUCUGGAAUCAGGUUCUGCCAACGGGCUUGUGCAGCGUCUGUCUAACAGUCAGCUGUCGUUUAACACUUCAAUUGCCUCUAUAUUUUCCCAGGUCCCACAUCUUUCUGGAGCGGGAGGUAACAACUCACAGCUCCAGACCGCCCAGCAUCAACAUCGCUCCAGUCAGGUUUCUUCAUCUUCUUCCACUCUCAGCCUCCUGUUUGGGAAACGCAGCUUCUCCAGCGGCCUGGUCAUUUCGGGACUGUCCGCCGCUGAAGGAGGAAACACCACAGACACUCAGUCGUCGUCCAGUGUCAACAUCGCCAUGGGGCCGUCACACAGGUCCAGCAGCAGAGCCACACAGUGGACAUCAGACCCCUGCGAGAGUAAUGACCCAACCAACUCCACCGCCGCUGUUACUGUGAAAGACGGCAUGCAGUCAAGCGACCAGAACCACAGCCAGGGAUUAGACAAGACCCAGGAGGACCCGUCCUCUGCCACGACGGCCCCAGAACCCACCGAUCAAAAGACUGUGUGAAAGGCAUGGGACGUGCACAUGUGCGUGUCCUCAGUCUGUCGUAGAAAGGACUCCUUGAGAACGAACACACAUGCAUACAAGAUUGUACGAAAGAGCACCCAUGCACACAAAACUGGCCUCUUUUCUUUCCCUCAGCAUGUGGUCUCACCUCCUUGUCUGAAUGUAAAGUCUGAAAAAGUGGUCCUGGAUCCAGUUGAUAAAAUAAAAGCAUUUUUAAAUUGAA